UGACAAUGUCUCCUGGCGAGGCUUAGCGGGUAGCUCCACUUGGGGGCCGUCUGGAUGGACGCUGGGCGCCGUCUUUGGAGCCUCAAGCCCCCGGGACGCUCUUGGACCGUCUUGGGAGGCGGUCCCCACCUUCUCACCCUCGUCCUCCCUUCUCUUCCUCCUCCUGCCCCGUCCACCCUGGAGGCAUCGGUGUCGUGAUCAGCCGAGCUCGGCGUCCACGCCAUGGGCUGGCACGAUGCCCCGCUCCGCCUGCCUGGCUUCCACGUGGCCUGGAUGGCUCGUGGGACGUCAGCCGUGUUCUUGUCUGCGUCGCUGUUGCCAACCGACCGGCGGAUGGCACGGCGAAUUGCGUGAUCGUCUUGGCGAAUGUGCCAAUGCGCAGUGCGCCCACAGCAGCUUCCGAAUCAGGCCCUUCUGGUCGCAGAGUAUGGCCUGCAGGGUGCGUCCAGAUCCGCGCUGUGGCGCCCGGCGUGUCCACAGCCUCCAGAGCGAAUCGCGUGGAUGUUGCCACUUGGUUUUCAGCAGCACGGGUCGCCCUCUUGCACCAGGCGGCGCCGUGAGAGGGCAGCUCGCCAAUGACAAGCAAAGGCCAUGUGACACCCAUGGCCAAUUUGGAUCAAGGCCCCUUGGCUGUUCUUGUCCGAGGCGUGCCUGCAGUGGUUCUCGCCUUCGAGCCAGCCCGUCCGCGUGGCCCGUCGGCAUGGCAGCCACACCCCGCGCCCUCGCAGCCCUCGGGCUCGCCCUGCUCCUCGGCCUCUCGGUCGCCUUCGUGGCCCCGACUGCGCUGGGCGCCGCGCUCGUCGCCGCGUCCGCGGGCGCCGCGCGGGCUGAGAUCGAGGACGUGGCCAUCCCGGUCGACGGGAAGGGCAAGACCAGGAACUUGAGCAAGGAGGAGCUGAUCCGCGGCAAGCGCCUGUUCAACGUCGCGUGCGGGACUUGCCACGUUGGCGGCGGCACGCGCACCAACCAGAGCGUGGGCCUCGGCAUCGAGGAGCUCUCAGGCGCGUUCCCCCCGCGCAACACCAUCGACAGCCUCGUGGACUACAUCAACGCCCCCACGACCUACGACGGCCUGAAGGACAUCUCCGAGGUGCACCCGUCCAUCAUCGCCGCCGACCUGUGGCCGAAGAUGCGGUCCAUGAAGCAGCAGGACCUGUACGACAUCUCCGCGUACAUCCUGUACCAGAACUACGUGAUCCCGGAGAAGUGGGGCGGCGGCAAGCAGUACUACUGAGGCCUGGUCUUUGUUACUCUAGUUUUGCUCCUCUUACUCUUGCUCCUUUGGUAGCAACGUCGUGCGCUCUUCCCGAGAGUUUUUUAUCACCCGGCAGACGAUGCUCCAGACGCGGCUUGCCCUUCAAGUGGGCGGUCCAGACGGGGCUGGCCGCUUAAGUGCUCGGCUGUGGCGCCGUGCGGCGCCAGUUGUGGAAGCGCGGUGGGAAAAUAUCCUUUCUGCUUUCGCUUACCUCCCUGUUUGCUGGCGCAAGCGAAGAUGUCGCAAGCAAUCGGAGCAUUUCUCGGCGUCUAUACUUGGGCCCGUCACGUGCCGUGCCUGCUCCCAGGCUUGAUUACUGGGCACACGAGAGUGCACCGAGCCUCCAUACAUCUCGCGCAUCGCUUACACCUUGCCGCAACGUAAUGCAGCCCCC